AGCAUUUCACGUUUGCUCGACGCGGGAGUAUCGAUCGCGCUACUUCCUAUCUAUUUCAGAGAACUCAUGCCGCUUCUCCACCUUCCCUCUCUCCAUGUCUCCGGCAAGCAAAGAGAUGCCAGGAACAAGCAGCUCGAGAACCGAAGAAAACGCGACUACUGAAAUCGAAUACAUCUCCAGCAUCUUGCCCCUUGAACUCAUCAAAUCCCAGAAAAUCCCUCCUUCUCCCAAUCGCUCAGACUCCUCGAUCGACUUCCUGCUUGAUUUCUCUGGCUUCUCAUGGAUCGCUUUCGGCGCUUCUUCUCUGCUCGUGAUCUCUCACUUCCCUUCUCCUCUCUCUCAUCAAGAAACCCUAACCGGCCCCAUCUUCCGACAGGUGAUCGAGCUGCCAUGUGGCGGGUCCGGACCUACCAUCGUGAAUGCGGUUGCCUGGUCUCCGUCUCGUCCGUCGGAUGGCGAGAUCGCAGCAGCAUCCGAGAAUCGGAUUUGCUUGUAUUCUGCUGAUUCCGGAAGCGCAAACGGUUCUUUCUGUUGGAGGCAGAUUGCCGGUUUUCUGCAAUCUUCUACAGUGGAGGCCAUAAAAUGGACAGGAUCAGGGGAUGGAUUAAUUGCAGCGGGAAUCGAGGUGGUCUUGUGGAAAAAGAAGAACAAAGCCUGGGAAUUAGCUUGGAAAUCAAGAACAGAACUGCCUCAAACUCUGGUUUCUGCAACAUGGUCUAUUGAAGGACCUUCUGCAACAGCCAUUCAUGCAUUGCUUUAUUCUAGUGAUUCCCAUGUUGAAGAAUCCUCUUCUUUGUCUAGGGAAGCAAGCAAACGUGUAUUAGUCUAUCAUGGUGAUGGGAAAUCUGGAUUUGUGAAAGUAGAGCUCUGUCACCCUCAGCCAGUUUCAAUGAUUCAGUGGAGGCCGUCAACUGUAGCACCAACAAAGAAGGAUGAUUCACAUUCAUGGAGGGAUGUGCUGCUGACAUGUUGUUUAGAUGGGACUGUGAGGUUGUGGUGCGAGAUUGAUAGUGGGAAGGCUAGAAAAUCCGCAAAGGACAUAACUGAUCAGAAGACAAGGAGAGGAUCAUUCCAUGUUGCUGCUAUAAUUGAAAUUAAUCAGCCCCUAAAAGGAACUCUUGGCAUGGAUACUUUUAUAACAUGGGCCAUGGAAAUCAGGGAUACAAUUGGUAAAACUGCCACGCAAGGUUCUGAGUAUGACAUGGUUGGCAAGUGUGAGUGGUUAAUUGGGGUAGGCCCUGAAGCAUCACUUAUUUUUUGGGCCAUCCAUUGCCUUGAUGACAUAUCCCCAUUACGGUUCCCACGAGUGACUUUAUGGAAGAAAAAAGGUCUACUUGAAUUCAAAUCUGGACAUCUUUGUAAUACUGGCAAGUUGAAUUCUCGUAACCAACCUAUGCUUCUGAGAGCUAUUAUUUCAAGAAACCGACUCUUUGGUCCACCGACCACAUGCUCUUUGCUUCAGUUAUUACCUGAUAAUUCCAUUAGCUGGUCACAUUUGUAUAGUCCUGCAUUAAGCAACUCAGGAGAAGGAUCUUCAGAUAAAAUUAGCAAUGAGAAUACCUUAUCAUGUUUUGCUGAGAAAGUUAUAAGUCAAGCUGGUCCCACUGGAAAUAUUUUACAGGUUGCAGUACAUCCUUAUAGUUGUGAGGUUGAACUUGCUGUUUCUUUGGAUUCUAAUGGUUUCCUUCUGUUCUGGUCACUUUCUACCACUUCCAGUUGCAUUUUGAGCAUGCCAGCGUUAGUUCAUCCCACAUGGAAGCCUUUAGGGAGAAUUUUUACACAAGAUGUGUCGAGUGUCAAAUAUUCGACUUUGAAGUGGGCACCUUCAGUUUUCAGUGAGAAGCAAUUUCUUCUUAUGGGACAUGUAGGAGGGAUUGAUUUUCUUAUAAUCAAAAUUUCUGAAAGCGAUGGAGAUAAAAUCAUAUACCACAAGAUAUGCACAAUCCCUUUCCCUACUCGUACUCAUGAAAGUGGUCCUGACCACAUUUUUGCAACAUCUUUAAGCCCUACUUGCUGCCAGAAUUUCAUUUCUAAUAGUUUUAUGCUUUUUGGCAUAUGGAUGAAAGACUUUCAGGCUUUAUCAUGGAAAGUUGUUUUGCACUCAGAUGAUUUACAUGGAAGCAGCUGUCAAUGUGGCUUUGAUGCUGGAAGUGUUGUGACAUCUGAGGCUUGGAGAUAUGAAAGUACUUUUGAUGGUAGAAGGUAUCAUGUUAUAGCUCAGCCAUGCUCAUCAAAGAUUCCAGAUCCUCACAACCAUGAUCAGGUUACAGCUGUUGCUGUGGUCUGCCCAGAUAAUUUAAUCCCAUCUAUCCAACAAAAGUGGGCUUCUUCUAGUGAUUUGUGCAGCAACACUUCCUUAUAUAACAUGGCAACAGGCUGCUCUGAUGGCAGCUUGAAACUGUGGAGAAUUGGCCAUGUAGUUUCGUCCAUUCCACCUUCUGAGCUGGCAUCCUUAUCCUGGGAGCUUGUGGGCAUGUUCAUGGCACAUCAGGGACCAGUUAGUGGCAUUUCUUUGUCCAGUUGUGGCAGUAAGAUUGCAACUAUUAGCAUGGGGGCUCCAAACAGUGUCAGCACUCUUCAUAUAUGGGAAUCUAUAUGCCUUACAGGUGCAGGGAGUUUCUUGCUAGAAGAUACUGUAUUGUUAAAUGAGGCUGUUAUUGCUUUUGAUUGGCUAGCUGUAGGGAACGGUCAGCUAUUGCUUGGGGUUUGCAUGAGGAAUGAGUUGUGUGUAUAUGCCCAGAAAAGGCUUGUUGGUCAGAUUGGGGUAAAAUCAGAGAAAUUAUCAGAGAUGCAUAUUUGGUUCUGUAUUGCAUUUUGUCAUACUUCACCUGCAGCUCAGGGUUUCUUGUGGGGCCCAAGGUCAACUCUUAUUCUAGUUCAUGACAUGUACUUCUCACUUUUUAGUCAGUGGUCAGCCUGUACAGAUACGAAACACCAACCUAAGUUCUACCCUGAAUGCACCACAAAUCAUCCUUCUCAUUACGUAGGAGAUGUAAAUGAAGAUCUGCUUUGUGCUAUUUAUACUGACAGGGAUUUAUGCAAUAUGAAAGAAUCAUCAGUAGAUGUGAAAUGUGAGUUACGGCCACCUGUUAACACUAACUUCAAAAAAUAUUCCGGGUUGUGCAAUUUUUGUUUAACAUUAUCUCGACAGCAAUAUGAAUAUGGUACCAAAAGUGGUCUACACAGCAUGCUUGAAAUAGGAGAGAAAUUGCGGGGAGCUUUGCCCAUAUAUCACCCUGAGGCACUGUUUCUGUAUUUACAUUCAGGGAAUUGGAAACGUGCAUAUGUUGCAGUGCAGCAUCUUGUGGAAUAUCUUAAUUCUGAUGAAACCUCAGCUACCUGCAGCAAGGACCAUAGUUGUGGAAAAUCUCCCCUUGUCAUUCCACAGAUCCAGUUAUCCCAGUAUUUUGGGGAACUUUCCUCUACCACGGCUUGUGAUAAAGGAUUGCACUGGGGUGGAAUAUCUAGUACAGUGUCUCAGAGAAGCUUAUUCCAACUUGUGGAUGGUAAUUCAGUAGCUAAUGCUCAAUCGAAUGUGUUCGUUGCCACUUCUGGAAAAUUUGAGGUCACUGGCUUCCUGAGGUCUCUAGAGAAAUCCCAUGUCACAACAGCUAUGACGAACACAGAGAGAACCCAAAUUCUUGCAAUGAUAGAUCUUCUGGGUGAAAUUAGCGAUUCACUUUAUGCUUCUGCAUAUGAAAGUUUUGAUGAACCUGGUCGAAGGUUUUGGGUUGCGGUACGAUAUCAACAACUAUAUAUUCUCCGGAAAUUUGGAAGGCUGGCUGCUGCAGAAGAGUUGAUCGUUGAUUCUGGGUCAAUUGUGUGGGCCUUCCAAUCUGAUUGCCAAGACAAUCUGUUUAGUUCUUUCCUAUCUAAUGAACCAUCUUGGAUAGAAAUGAGAAAUUUAGGUGUGGGAUUUUGGUUUACCAAUGUGGCCCAGUUACGGACAAGGAUGGAGAAGCUGGCAAGAGUACAAUAUUUAAAGAAGAAGGAUCCAAAGGACUGUGCACUUCUGUAUCUUGCACUAAACAGACUUCAAGUGUUGACUGGACUUUUUAAAAUCAGCAAAGAUGAAAAGGACAGGCCCUUGGUUGGAUUUCUUUCACGCAAUUUCCAGGAGGAAAAAAAUAAGGCAGCUGCUUUGAAGAAUGCGUAUGUUUUAAUGGGAAAACAUCAGCUAGAGCUUGCUAUUGCCUUUUUUCUUCUUGGAGGUGAUCCUUCUUCUGCAGUCACAGUCUGCGCUAAAAACCAUGGAGAUGAACAGCUGGCUCUUGUAAUUUGCCGACUAGUUGAGGGAUACGGUGGUCCGUUGGAACGCCAUCUUAUAUCAAAUUUUCUGCUUCCAACUGCAAUUGAGAAAGAGGAUUACUGGCUUGCUAGCCUGCUUGAGUGGGUAUUGGGGAAUUAUUCUCAUUCUUUUCAGCAUUUGCUUGGCUUCGAGAUGGAUUCUACAGUCGAUAAGUUGGCUAUCCCUAGCAAUCGUGCUGCUCUUUCAGACCCAAGUAUUGGCCAGUACUGUGUACUGCUAUCGGCGAAAAAUAACAUGAAGAAUUCUGUUGGGGAAUGCACAGCUGCAAUGCUGGCAAGGUGGGCAACAUGGAUGACGGCAAGUGCCUUAAACCGAUGUGGACUCCCGCUUGAAGCUCUGGAAUGCCUUUCAUCUGCUUCAAGCACUCUUGACAGUAAAGAUCAGGACAGCUUAUCAGAUAGUGGAAAGCUUAGCACUCUUAAUGAGAUUCUGAAGCCAUCCAUGCAUGAGGCUUCAAGCUGGCUGUCAGGAGAUGUUACUUGGCAUCUGGAGUCCCGUGCUAAAUUGAAUUUGGCAAUGCAGUUCGUUUCAAAAUCAAUAAUGGAGCAUCCAAGCUGGCUAUCUGGUGCACCUGCCUGCAGUUAUGAUGCUCAUCAAUAUGAGCUGUUACUGGAAAAAUUUGAACAGAUGCUAAACAUGGGACUUGCCAUUUUGGAGCAGAAGUAUUCAUUGGAAUCUGUUGAUUUGAUGAAUAUGAUAAUAAAAUUUGCAUGCAACAAUGGGUUAUUAUUUCUUGGAUACAGCAUGUUACAUGGCUACACUUCUCGAGAACACCCACAUGAUGAACAGCAUGGCUAUACUUCUCAAUUACACCUACACGAUGAACAGCAUGCUUCUGACAGUUCCAUGCUAUGUCCUCCUCUGCCCAAGCUAUUUCUGAAGGCUAGCAAAGAGGUAUCCGGUUUACUCGUCCGGUAUAUUGUUGCCUGCAGUAUUACUCGUUCCGCACUGAGACCAACAUUGCCUGUGAGAAAUGUAUUUGGUGAGGUUAGAUUUGGUCGGUUUCAUCCUUGGGAUUUUUAUUUACAGGAUGUUAUGUGCUCAAUGGGGAGUUUAAGACCUCUUUUAAAGCUUUAUGGUUCUGGCUUCCUCACAAAAGAUCUCACUGUGAAAAGCUUUACUGUUCUUGAUAUUCUUGAAUAUUGUGUGUGCUUUGCUUCAGCAUGGUCUCAGGGGAAUUGGAAAACAUUAUUUCUUAUGAUACAGCCCAUCUUGAUUGCAUCCAGAGGCGGACAUUCUCCUUCUGAAAUUAAACUGGCAGACCUGAAGAGAUCUUUACUUCAAGCUGCAGAGUCGAUGGUCCAUGUUACAUCUAGUGAUUCUGAAGGAAACAUUCCAGCUUCUAACUCCCAACAGCAGCAACACACACAAAGUGAAUCAGUAAUGCUUUCAAUACCGGAAGAUGAAAAAUGGCAACUCAUCGGGGUUUGUUUGUGGCGACACCUAUCCAACCUCUGCAACAGUCAUUUAAACACAUUGAUGGCUGAUCUUGGAAAUAGUUUUUCUUCUAGUGUUCCUCUGUGUGAAGGUUCUUCUUUGCAAUCUAGUUCUGCAAAUUAUCAAUCUGAUAUUACCAGCAUGCUGGAACUGAUCAAGCUGUUCCCUGCACUCUUAGCUAAGUUGAUAAAGGACACAGUUGGGUACAUUUCCUCCUCUCUUGCUAAACAACUUGCAUCAUUCCUGGGACAGAAAGUAGAGAAGGGUUUGCCUGCACCUACUCUUGUUUUGUUAGAGGCAUCUAGUCAGUCAGAACAGAGGCCACCCCACGAUUGCAUAAAACAGGGUAUUGAUAGCUUGCAGAUUAACAAUGAAAAUGGGGCAUACUUCUUUGAAAUACUAUGGGAGAUUUGUGUUGAUCCCAAGGCAAUCCAUGAAAGUUUUAUCCAUGAAAAAUUGCUUUUCCCUUCUGUUGGCCAGAAGCCCUCUAAGGGCUGGUUGGAUAUACAUAAAGCCAUCACUGAUGAGUAUGAAAAUGGUGACACCAUACAUACUGAUCAAGUUAGGAUUAGCAGUUCUGCUAUUUGCGAAGCUGGAUUUCAUGCUAGGACUCGAUCUUCGGACAGUAGUCAGGGCACCGGACGAAAAGAUUCCAGUCUCCUCACGGAUGUGACUUCUUUCCGGAAUCCGAAGGAAAUAUAUAAGAAAAAUGGAGAGCUUCUAGAGGCAAUGUGUGUAAAUUCCAUCAAUCAACAACAAGCUGCACUUGCCAGCAACCGGAAGGGGCUAAUUUUCUUUAAUUUGAAAGUUGAACCUUUCCGAGUGCCGGCUGAGUACAUUUGGUCAGAGUCUGAUUGGCCAGAGAAUGGGUGGGCGGGAUCUGAAUCCACACCAAUUGCUACAUUUAUUUCUCCAGGCAUUGGUCUUGGCAGCAAGAAAGGAGCGCACCUUGGGUUGGGUGGACCAACAGUUGGACGAGGUUCUUUGGCAAGACCCGGGAAGGACUUGACGGGUGGUGGAGCAUUUGGAAUUCCAGGUUACGCUGGUGUUGGGGCUUCUGGCUUUGGUUGGGGUGAACAGGAAGAUUUUGAUGAUUUUGUUGAUCCACCAGCAACAGUUGAAAACAUUAAAACAAGAGCCUUAUCCAGUCAUCCUUCUAGGCCUUUUUUCUUGGUUGGAUCCAGCAAUACGCAUGUUUACCUUUGGGAGUUUGGUAAGGGCAGAGCUACAGCAACCUAUGGUGUCCUGCCUGCUGCAAAUGUACCUCCACCAUAUGCACUCGCGUCAAUAUCGGCAUUGCAGUUUGAUCGCUGUGGUCACAGAUUUGCUACCGCUGCAUUAGAUGGUACUCUUUGCACAUGGCAACUUGAGGUUGGAGGCAGGAGCAACGUCCACCCUACAGAAUCAUCUCUUUGCUUUAACAGCUAUGCAUCGGAUGUUGGAUAUGUGGCUGCCAGUGGUUCAAUUCUUGCCACGGCUGGCUAUAGCCCAAAUGGCGUAAAUUUAGUCAUAUGGGAUACAUUGGCUCCUCCAGCAACCUCACAAGCUUCUGUUAUAUGUCAUGAAGGUGGCGCACGGUCCCUUUCAGUGUUUGACAAUGAUAUAGGAAGUGGUUCAAUUUCACCUCUGAUUGUUACUGGGGGAAAAGGGGGCGAUAUCGGACUGCAUGACUUUCGCUACAUUGCAACUGGGAGGACUAAGCGGCACCGGCAUCUCAAUGAACAAAACAUGAGGUCCUCUUCAGCCCAUAACAUGCAGUCUGGGACUUCCAACAAAUUUGGGGAACAAAACCGGAAUGGGAUGCUUUGGCAUAUACCAAAAGCUCACCAAGGAAGCAUUACCAAAAUAUCAACCAUUCCCAAUACGAGCCUGUUCUUGACGGGUAGUAAAGAUGGAGAUGUUAAACUUUGGGAUGUAAGAGGUUCUGAGGUUGACCUAGUAUUCCAUUGGCAAAAUAUGCACGACAGACACACUUUUCUGCAACCGAGUUCACGGGGCUUUGGUGGAGUUGUUCGGCAGGUUGCUGUCACAGACAUUGUAGUCCUUUCUCAUGGCUUCCUUACAUGUGGUGGUGAUGGUUAUGUGAGGAUGGUCCAGAUCAAAGAUGCUUAGCACAGAAUCUUUAAGAGAUCUAGCUCAAUCUUCCAAUAUGAAUGGCAUUAUGAAAUGCUUUAUCCCGAUCAGAUUCUUUCCAAGGAUGUUGAAAGCUGAAAUUUUCAUGGUAGAGCUGAAAGGUGCAAGAAAGCUUCGCCAGGGUGACACAUGACCGCCUCAUGCUAGUCUAUAGCUUCCGAAAUAGCAUCUUUAAUGCCAUGAGAAUUUUGAUAAAUGCUGCUGUCCGCCAUCCAAGAUAUUCGGGAUCUGAGGUGACGAGGUUAGAAUAUGAAGUUCUUGAACUGCUUUUUCUAGUUGUUUCUCUAACUAGCAUCAGCUCAAUCAUCAUACAACAGAGACGCAGCGAUGAUUCCUCAUAGAUAUUUGUUCCUCGCCUUGGUCUCAAUCAGCCUCAACAAAUGAAAAUCUUGGGUGCCAUUCCGCACACCUUAAAUACCUCAGUUUAAGGCUCUCUGACAAUCAGAACAAUAGAGUUGAGAUUGAAAGGAAAUGUUGUUUCGCUCCAUCGCCUUUCCCAAGUAUAGAAAACCAAGCUCCAUCCAGCAUCGUUGAAGAAUCUAGCAUUCAAAAAGAGGACAUCCAAUGACCAUUGAAGACCUGUAAAAGAGCCUGGUUCAAAGUGGUAGCUCUUUUCUACAUCCAUCCCUCCUUCCAAGUCUCCUUUAUGAAAUCCCUAUGCAUGGGGCUAAAAGAUUUGUGAGGGGAAUUCUUUUUCGAGAAUGUAUCAUAUUGUCAUUCUUACCAUUUGUUCAAAUGCCUUGUCUUUCUCAUUGGAAAUUCGAUUCCGUUGCAUCUCUCUUCUUCCAGCCAGAGCAGAUAUGGGGUUCAUUGUCUGGAUUCUCUGGAUGGCUCAGGCCUUGGUCUGUUGAGCACAUGCAUUUGUAUUUGUUACAUGUGGACUGGUAUGCAUGCAGCAAGUGUAGGCCAUUGUAUGUUUUUUUUUUCCUGCAGAGCCAAGAUUGAUCGUGCCCAUUGAUUUGUCAGUAGGUGGGCUACACCUGUAUGUUGAGUCAGGUUGUCAGUUGUCCAUUGAUUCCAAAUGAUUGAACUGGUCUGAUUUCUUAGUCAAGUGAUCUUCAUGGUUGGACCUACCGUUUUCAUGGUA